GCCUAGGUACUUUAGGUAUUUUUUUUAACUUCAGUGCUAAGGCAAAUAAGCAAAUCUUAUCAGUCCGCCUAGACGAAGCUUCUGGUGAAGACGCAAUUCCUCCCCAGAAUGAUUUAAAAUAUUUUUCCUAUUCUACAAAUCUAAUUCCCCCUUGUUUACAAAAACCAAAGCAUCCCUUUGGCUUCCUCUACGCAAUUUUCAAAUCCCGCAAACCUUGUGUAUCUUCAUCGAAAAAAUAAAAUCGGUCUUAAAAUUCCUUUUAGAGUGAAAAUACCAACAAUGUUUUCCGGAAGAAAUAUUCAAAGUGAAGAGACGCUACCACUCAUCGGAGAUCAUACUAAAAAGGAUAAACAACAAGGUUCCAAUUUGACACAUUUCAUAUCCCCACCUGGAUAUAAAUAUCCCAUUGCUGUGGUUUUUAUUUUGAUAACAAAAUUUUUCGAAGCAUUCGCCGCCAAUGGAAUCCGAACUAUCCUGGCUCUCUACCUUCGAGAUGAUUUAUUUUUCAGUGAAGAACUAUCCACCAUAAUGCUGCAUAUUUUUAAUUUUUUCGGACAAUUUUGUCCAAUAAUCGGAGCAAUUUUAGCAGAUAGCUAUUUAGGAAACACUCGAACAAUAUCCUCUUUUUAUUUCAUAUAUGCACUUGGAUGGAUAUUCCUCAUUGUCACAUCAUUACCAUCUAUUGGGAUUUCUUUAACUUUUCUUGUUUCCCUAUCACUUCUACUCAUCUCAAUUGGAAAUGGAUCCGUUCGGGCUUGUAUCACAUCAUUGGGAGCGUUACAAUUCAAAAUACCGGAACAGAGUCAUCUACUAACUGAAUAUUUUUCCCUGUAUUAUUUUGUAUAUUAUUUUGGAAUAUUUUUAAGUAAACUUUUACCACCGAUGGUGAGAGCUACUACAUCAGGAUCUUAUCCUGUGGUUUUUGGAACUUUAGCAUCAUCUUUUUUGGCAUCAUGGAUUUUCUUUACAAUCGGUAAAAUAUUCUAUAGACCUGAGAAGUUUUCUCAUGAAAAUAUUCUUGUCAAGACCUAUGGAUGCAUAAAAGUAGCAUUAGUAAACAAAUGGAAACAAGGAAGUGUGGUGAAAAACAAUUGGUUACAUCAUGCUAUUGGUCAAUAUGAGGAAUCAUUUGUAAAUGACGUUUCAAAAGUCUUAAAGAUCUUUAAACUUUUUAUUCCAUUGACAAUAUACUCUGCUCUUCUCGCACAACAAGACUCGAGUUGGACUUUUCAAGCUUCUCAAAUGAACACCACAGUUUGGGGUGUAACUUUGCAGGCCGAUCAAGCCAAAGCAAUGGGACCAGUUUUGUUGUUCAUAUUUAUUCCUCUUUGGCAGUAUAUUUUGGGUCCGAUCUUAAGACAUUUUGAUAUGGAAAUGAAUGCUUUGCAAAGUGUAACACUUGGUGGAGUUUGCUCGGCUUUAUCGUUCAUUGCGGCAGGCGUUUUGCAAGAAUUAAUUUAUACAGAACCAUAUAAAUCGAUAAGCAUUGCGUGGCAGGUGCCACAAUUUGCUCUCUUAAUGAUGGGGGAGCUAUUCCUAUCCAUUCCAGGUCUGCAGUUUGCAUUUACUCAAGCUCCUUUGUCAAUGAAAUCUGUUGUGACAGCAGGUUGGUUCCUUAAUAACGCUUUUGGCAACUUAUUAGUGGUCAUUAUAACUGAAAUGGAUAUAUUUGAAUCGCAGAGUUCUGGAUAUUUCUUUUACGCUGUUUUGAUGAUCGUGUGCAUUAUCGUAUUUAGUCUUCUAGCUUAUAUCCAUUUGAUUGACGAUCAAGCUCAAUGGGAAAAUGAAUCAAGAGAAAACGAAUUAUCUAAUAGUGAGUUGGUGACGAGUUUGAGUAGCAAUAGUUUAAUAAAUCGAAAUAUUUGAACAUUUGUUUUUGAAAUAGAUUUUUUAGGACGGA